AUGGAGCAGUGGUUGCGUUAUUUUAACGCAGAUAUGCGAUCUCAGAAUAGAAACGUCCUAAUAUUCUUAGAUAAUGCUGCAUGUCACCCAAAGAUCGAGUUAUCUAAUACGAAAAUACUUAUGCUACCCCCAAAUACCACAUCGAUCACCCCAAUGGAUCAAGGAGUGAUUUACACGUUCAAGUCUUACUAUCGUAAGUUUUUGUUACAAUUGUUAUUACGCAAGAUGGAUAAUUGUUCUUCAGCUCAUCAGUUCGCUAAAUCAGUAAGUGUUUUGGAUGCAGUCAACUGUAUAGCGUUGGCUUGCGAUAAUGUAAAAGCUGAAUGUGUGCAAAAAUGUUUUCGUAAAGCCGGGUUUCUUUCAAAUGAAGGAACAAAUACUAAUGGUAUAGAUUUACCAGAAAAUGCUUUGAAAGAUAUUAAUGAGGAAUGCAUUAUAGCCAAUGUUAAUGUAGAAGAUUUUAUUACAUUUGACAAAGAAGAAGAAAAAGAAGUAGAAAACGAUGAUAAUGAUGAUAGUGAAACCAACGAUGAGCCAAAAAUAAAAGAUUUUAAAACUGCAAUAUCAUACUUAGAAGAAUUACAAAAGUUAUCAGCCACCAUUUCAAAUUCAAAUCUAUUAGAACUUACAACAAAAGCCCGAGAAUGUGCUGAACGUUGUAACGUCACGGAAUUUUUAGCCUUAUUUAUUAUACUAUUAUUCCCCGAACACACCUAUUGCUAA